AAUGCUGCUGCGCCCUGUUUGGAGAGCAGCUUGUACUAUGCGGCGGGGCUGAAAGCGAGCCUUGCAGGUAGUGGUUUUUUUCCUUAAAUGAAUGUUUUUUUUUUAAAAAGACGCGGCUUCAAUUUUGCAUUUGCAGAAGAUUAUAUCUUCUAAACAAAAGCACAAAGGCAUAGAGCGCACCCCGGAUCAUAUAAGCAUAAUGGAGGAAGGAACAGAAGGAUGCUGAUGGAGUGAGGUGGUGAUGUUGCCUUUGGAUGUUGAAGUCAUGUGAGAAGAGAGGGCGGGAGAAGACCAGCUUACCUGUCACCACCUGUUCGUUGCUGUGGCUGUGGUUCAUGAAUAUCGUAUGAAGGUGAAUGGUAUAUUGACGACUGCCGGUUCAGGAUGCUGACGGCCACUGUUAACAGGCAUUUGCUGUGGUUGGCUGAGAACUCUCAUCAUCAUGGCAGUGGUACCUGCAGUGGGUACAGUAAGCUGAAGGCAUAUGCUAAAUGAUUCUGUUUGCUCAGCAACCUCAAGAGGAGAGAGACGCAUUCUCAAAUUUUGUGGAAGGAAAGCGCGAGAAAAUGAAAUUUCCAUUCUAUUGGUGUUGAGUUGUGAAUAGCUUAUGGGAAACAUCUAAAGCAAAAUACACAGUGAGCCUUGGGGCAGUGAAUGAGAUUAAAUUUCCUCGUCAUGGCUUCUGAUCAAACGUGAUUGUUUGUGAGAGGGUUUAUUCCCCUCUCCCACUUUUUUUUUUAAAUUUAUAAACUUGUUUCCCCCAACUCCAGCCAGUUUAUAUCAUGCUCCGGAACGGAGUUGUUGGGAAUGUAGGCCAGCCAUGCAUGCUACGAUGGUCCAAUCGCAUCCGAUUGACCUGGCUCAGUUUCACCCUCUUCAUCAUACUGGUGUUCUUCCCGCUGAUUGCCCAUUACUACCUGACCACCAUUGACAACCUCGAUGACUCGGGCCCUCGAAUUUUCGAGCCACGCUCAGGCAACGCCCUGUGUGAGGUUAAGCACGUGCAAGAUCUGUGUCGCAUUCGGGAAUCAGUCAGUGAGGAGCUGCUGCAGCUGGAGGCCAAGCGGCAGGAGCUCAACAGCGAAAUUGCCAAACUCAACUUGAAGAUUGAAUCCUGUAAAAAGAGCAUUGAGAAUGCCAAGCAGGACCUGCUGCAGCUCAAAAAUGUCAUCAGCCAAACUGAGCACUCCUACAAGGAACUGGUGGCACAGAACCAGCCAAAGCUCUCGCUGCCAAUUCGCUUGUUGCCAGAGAAAGAUGAGACCAACUUUCCAUUGCCAAAGUCCCCCAACAGUUGCCGCUUGCACUCUUGCUUCGAUUACUCCCGGUGUCCACUUACAUCUGGAUUUCCUGUUUACAUCUACCCCCUGGAUCAAUACCAAUUCAGUGCUUUAAUUGAUCCAUUAAUCAAACAGGCAUUCCUGGAAACUGCUCGAACUAACAUCUACGUUACAAACAAUCCUCAUAUUGCCUGUGUCUAUGUGGUUUUGAUUGGGGAGCUACAGGGCUCUACAGUACUGAAAUCCAUUGAUCUUGAAAAACAGUUGCACUCCCUCUCUUAUUGGCGGUCAGAUGGGCACAAUCAUCUCCUCAUCAACCUUUCCAGGAGGUCCCAGACACAGAAUUUGCUUUACAAUGUUAGCACAGGCAGGGCCAUGGUGGCCCAGUCUACAUUCUACGAUAUGCAAUAUCGUCCUGGCUUCGAUCUUAUCCCCUCCCCAUUCAUUCACGCCAUGUCCGAACCUAACUUCCUGGAGAUACCUCCCCAGGUUCCUGUCAAAAGGAAGUAUCUCUUCAGCUUCCAGGGCGAGAAGAUUGAGUCACUCAUGUCCAGCUUGCAGGAAGCCCGUUCCUUCGAGGAGGAGAUUGAGGGAAAUGCUCCAGCCGAUUACGAUGAUAGGAUCAUUGCUACCUUGAAGGCUGUCCAGGACAGUAAGUUGGACUUGGUUCUUGUGGAGUUCACUUGCAAAAACCAACCUCGGCCUGCCUUGCCUACAGAAUGGGCACUUUGUGGAGACAGGGCAGACAGGUUAGAAUUGCUGAAACUGUCCACUUUUGUAUUAAUUAUAACACCAGGGAAUAGCCAUCUCAUUGCUUCCACUGGCUGUUCUAUGAGGCUUUUUGAAGCAUUGGAAGUUGGAGCCAUCCCAGUAAUCCUUGGGGAACACGUGCAGUUGCCGUAUCAAGACACGAUACAUUGGAGUGAGGCAGCUCUAGUGGUGCCAAAGCCUCGCAUAACGGAAGUUCACUUCCUCCUGAGGAGUAUUUCUGAUAGCGAUCUCCUCAACAUGAGACAUCAAGGUCGUUUCCUAUGGGAGACUUACUUUUCCACCUCCGAUAACGUGCUGAGUGCUAUCCUGUCCACUGUGCGAACCCGAAUACAAAUUCCUGCUGCUCCCAUUCCAGAAGAGCCCUCCAAGGAGAUCCCUCACAAAACAGGAAAAACUGCAGGCACUGAUCCCAACAUGGCGGACACUGGAGACCUAGACUUAGGACCCGUUGAGACUGAGCCACCGUACGCCUCACCAAAGUACCUGCGGAACUUCACGGUGACUGUUCGAGACACUUACAGAGCUUGGAACACUGCCCCGGGACCUUUCCAUCUUUUUCCACAUACCCCGCUGGACCCCACGUUACCCUCAGAAGCCAAGUUCCUUGGGUCUGGGACUGGAUUUCGGCCUAUAGGCGCAGGAGCUGGGGGCUCUGGGAAAGAGUUCCAAGCUGCGCUGGGUGGGAAUGUUCCUCGGGAACAGUUUACAGUCGUAAUGUUAACCUAUGAACGAGAAGAAGUCCUGAUGAACUCUUUGGAGAGACUGAAUGGCCUCCCCUACUUGAAUAAAGUUGUUGUAGUGUGGAAUUCUCCUAAACCACCAUCUGAGGACCUUAUAUGGCCUGAUAUUGGAGUGCCCAUUGUGGUUGUUCGUACAGAGAAGAAUAGCUUAAAUAAUCGUUUCUUACCCUGGGAUACUAUUGAAACGGAGGCAAUUCUUUCAAUUGAUGAUGAUGCCCACCUUCGCCAUGAUGAAAUUAUGUUUGGCUUUCGGGUUUGGCGAGAGGCCAGAGAUCGGAUUGUGGGUUUUCCUGGCAGGUACCAUGCUUGGGACAUGACCCACCAGUCCUGGCUCUACAACUCCAAUUAUUCCUGUGAACUAUCCAUGGUGCUGACUGGCGCUGCCUUCUUUCACAAGUACUAUGCGUACCUCUACUCCUAUAUCAUGCCACAGGCCAUUCGCGACAUGGUGGAUGAAUAUAUUAAUUGUGAAGAUAUUGCCAUGAACUUCCUUGUCUCCCACAUCACCAGGAAACCACCGAUUAAGGUCACAUCACGCUGGACUUUCCGCUGCCCAGGAUGUCCCCAGGCUCUGUCGCAUGAUGACUCCCACUUCCAUGAAAGACAUAAAUGCAUCAACUUCUUUGUGAAGGUCUACGGGUACAUGCCGCUGCUCUACACCCAGUUCCGUGUGGACUCCGUCCUCUUCAAAACACGGCUGCCACACGACAAGACCAAGUGUUUCAAAUUUAUCUGAGGGACUUUCUGAACUCCCACUUUGAGGGGGAAGGGACACCAACAGUCAUUCCAUACCAUUAAAGAUCCAUUUUACCAUGAGCACCUAACAGGAAAGAAGUUGGACAUUACUUCAAAGAAAAAUCAUCAAAUUCUCUUGCUGCAUUUUACUGUUAACUAGUAAUCGUAGGGUUGGUUUGAUUCUAAAUAAUCUUCAUCGUGAAAGACUGAAGAGAGGAUAAUGAGCAAAGAUUUGCCUUUUGGAAAGUGUAACAUGAUUCCAAAUCCCAGAAAGAUGUAUAGAGAUUGUUUUUUGAGGUGGGGGAGUGAAUGUGGAUCAUGGACAGAUAUUGGUGGAGAUUUCCGGUUGGCUCAGAAAUAUUUCAACUUCAUCACCCUCAACUCAGAACUCUCCUGUUCUUAGUGCACCUUUCUCUCUGGAGUUUUUUGUUCUGUUUAACACGUGGGACAGCCUUCAUUAGGAAUAGACUGAGGUACCUUGAGGAGAGAAGGAGAUGUAUAAAUUGUACUAUCAUUUCCAUCACUUCCUCCCCCAACUUUACUGCCCUCCUCCUUUCCACCCCCAUCCCUGUCCUUGGGAUAUCAGUCAAUCGUAGGUAUAGCCCAUAUCCUCACUGGUAUAAUGGUUGUGACAGUUCACUGCCACACAGACAUAACACUGUUUCUUCUUAAAGUAUUAAAAAUUGGGUUUUAUUUACAACAUUGUUUUUAGUAUUUUUGCCAUUUUGUUUACGUCUCAGGGUUUUUUUUUGGAAUUGCUCAGUUUGUAUUUUGAAAUUAGCCUGUGAAAAGUGACCAGCUGAUGCUUUGAGUAGUGACUGGUGAUGGUAAACGUUGGGAUUCAUCCAAAGGUAUAGGCUGGCGGGGGUGUGCAAUAGAUCAAUCACCAUCUAAUAGAAUGACAGAACUUGUUGCCAAAUCCCUGUUGAAUUUGGGAGGUUUGGAAUGACCUGUUCUUCCCUCGUCUAUCAGCAAAUCACCAGAGUGUUACAGAUUCCCUUAAUAUCUGGAACAGUCAAGUCAGCAACUUGCAGAGCGGAAAUGAGAUAUGGAGCAGAUUUGAUCCGAUGAAACAUUUGACAAAGAAUGCCUCCCCAGGGCACAUAUUGACUUGCAUUCUAUGAAAUCACUGCACAUCCGAGCAGUGGGAUUCCUGCUCUGGAUAUUACUUGGAUAUUGAUCAAUACAAGCCUCCUUUGGAGAAGUAUGGAUAGUUUUGAAACCAUGCUGCCUCAAAAAAUGUCAGAGCAUUUUUCCUCUGUUUAGCUACUGCAAAGAACAUGGAGCUCAGCUCAUGCUAUUGGAACCCUGUGGUGAGUUUAUAAUAUUGCAAUCACUUCAGGAUACCCAACAGCCUUGUAUAUAUCUUAAUAAUAAAGGUCCUUGUAUCUAGUCUAAUCACAUCUGAAUUACUUAGAUUCUGUGUACACACCAAUCUCCAUCCCAAAAAAAUACUUAACAGAUCCACUCUGGGAGCUAAUUGUCUUUCUGUGUUUUAAGUCCUGUUACAAAACAAUUGUAAUUUGCAAAAGUUGGUUAUUGGAAGGUGAAAUAAUACUACUCAUCACAAUACAGGAAUGUCUGUUUCUUGUGUUGGAAUGCAGCAACAGAUAAAGGCUCAAUGAUUCAGCAUACUCACAUCAGCAGAUAUCCAUUGCUCAACAGGAUUGUUUCCAAACCCUCAAGACAAAGAGGAUCUCUGUCUUCCUGCUCAAAGAUUUUCUCUCCCCACACCUUCCCCCAAAUUCUGUCAGGUCUGUUCCCCUUUUAUGAACUGGCUCUGAUUGUUUUGACUUUAUUUUUGACUAAAACAACAGGACUUUUAAAUCCCUCUGAAUUCAUUCCUUAAAUGAGGGGCUUAUGAAGAAUUGUUCAACAGGAUGCCCAUUGGAGUUUAGAAAAAUGCAAGAUGACUCAGUGAAACACUUAAGAUCUCAAUGGCCCUUGGUAGGGUUGAAAACAAGAGCAAGUUUCCUCUUGUGGGGAGAUUAGAACUAGGGGAGACAAUUUGAGAAUAAGUUAUCUCCCUUUUAAGAUGGAGAUGAGGAGUCUUUUCAGUUGUUUGUUUGUGAAAUUCUCUUCCUCAGAAAGCAGUGGAGGCUGGGUCAUUGAAUUUACUGAAGAUAGAAUUGAGUGCUAAGAGUUAUAGGGCCAGAAAGGAAAAGUGAAGUUGAGACCACAAACAGAUCAGCUAUGACCAUAUUGAAUGGUGGAGUAGGCUUGAAGGCUUUCAAGCCAUUUCUUUUUGUAUUGUUUCAAGACUUGAGUGUUUCUUGAUUUCUGUUUUUCUUUGCAUUUUGGAAAUUGGAAGAUGUAUGGGUUGCACUUUGUUCACUUUGCAUCGAAGUUAUUUGUGCCUUUGAUAGUGAAAGCAUCUGUGACCUUUGACAUGUUGUGUUCAGCUUCAGGUUGAGCUGCUGAAUAUCCCAUUAAUUAUAAGGUGAUUUCUGUACCCUUAAUGAUAGCUGCUUAAAUUAAAAUCUUCAGAACCUUAAACUCAGCAAUUGAAGCUCGUCUGAGCCAACUAUUCUGCAUCAGAAUCAAGUUCUAGAUUUAUGAAAUUUCAAAGGAAGAUUUACAUCUAACUAAAUUAAAACCAGAUGGCACUCUGAAUAUUUAAUCUGCAUCAUAAUUUAUGUACUGGAUGAAUACAUAAUCAAUUGAAUAUAGUGGAACAAAAUCUGAAGUGAAAUUGAGAAGGGUCAGAAAAUUAAGAUUGGAAAAAAUCCUGCUUGCUCUGAUAUCACUGGUCGAAGGAUGAAUAUAAAUUGUUUAGAUUUCCUACCAAAGCUUUGAAUAUUUUAACACGUGUACAGCCAAGAAUAUUUUUGACUUGUCGAUGUGCGGAAUUCUAAGUAAAACCAGAGAUUUGUUCAAUCAAGAAUCCUAUAAAGAGGUGAUAAAGGUUUUGAAAAGCUGCUAGUUUUUUGAUUACACCAAAUAUAAGGAUUAAUCUUUGAAGUGGUGCAUGUAACAGAAUCAGUCACCAAGUAUUGAGUUCGUCUAAUUUACUACACAAUCAAAAAUGUAAUUAAAAUAAGCGACACACAAGAAACAGCAUCUUGUAUUCCCAGUCUGUCCCACAUGAUUGUGAUCCAUCAUCCUUCACUACCCACUCCAUUUGAAGCUGUGAAAUCUGUUGUAUGAAGUUGGGAAAAGAAAUCUGAACUGUGGCUGAUUGGGGUGAAAAGGUAAUGAAACUAGUCCUAGAGAUUUCUGGCUCUGAUUUAUGUUACCAGAUAUUAACCUAUUGUACAAGUUGAUCUGUACUUCAACCGCAAAUGGGCCUAGCUCUUUAUUGAAGGAACCCAGCCCAUCUUUAGUGCGCAAGAUUUCUAUUCCAGAGGUUAACGACCCACUUGGAGAAGACCAAAUGCCUAACAAUCAAUCAGUCAUGUUCUACAUCUGUAUGAUUUGUAACUACCACUCCUGGCCCUUCUAAAAAUGUCAAAAUAUUUUUUCCUGCAUAAGCACAUUUAACCCAUUCAUUAUUUACAAAGCUUCAUCAGAGUCAGCCAACAUAAUGUGAGUCUUGAACAUACAUCAAUCUGAACCAAGAAGGGGUUGUUGCCAAGUGAUGUAAGGGUGAUUGUGGCGAACAUUUCUUUUUACUGCUUAUUUCCAGUUCCAGCUGAAACUUAGUCUUGAUGUAUGGAUGAAUUUGCCAUUACAGAGACCAGCCGUAUAAUAAGUAACCAGUUGCUAUAGUCUGAGCAUGGCAGAAUCUGAGGUGAACGUCAACACCCUCUUCCAUCUUGCACCCCGUCUGGUUCACUUACAUCCUUUAAAGGUGCACAUCCUUACCUGGUCUGACCUACAUGUGACUCCAGAACCCCAGCAAUGUGGUUGACUUUUAACUGCCCUCUGGGUGUUUAGGGAUAGGCAAUAAAUGGUGGUCCAGCUGUGAAACCCUAAUCCUUUGAUUGAAUAAAGAAAAAUUAACCAGCCUACAGUUCAUGUGUAGAUGAAGUUCCGCGUUCACACUGAUACCCUGUGUUGUGUUGUACAGUACUGCUGCAUAAGAUAGACUUCCAAUAGAUUGAACACUUCACAACUUGGGAUCGUUGAGGUGCUGUGAGCUGUUGGUCAGUAGAAUUGUGCCCCUCCCGGUGCAACCUGUAAUCUUAUGGCUCAUCAAUCCUGGUUCAAUGAAGAGUGCAGAAGGUAGCAGCACCAGGCAUACCUAAAAAUGAGUUAUCAACUUAAAGAUAUCUAACAAGACUACUUCCAUGCCAUUCUAAGCAGCCAGUGAUGGAUAAGGCUGAGCGGUUCUUUAACCAAUGGAUCAGAUCUAGGGUUUUGAGUCCUGCAACAUCCAGUCAUGAAUGGUAGAGGACAAUUAAACAACUCACUGGAAGAGGAAGAGACACCACAAAUAUUCCCAACCUCAAUGAUGAAAAAAACCCCAGCAUCACAACUGUCAGUUGUUAGUCAAUUCAGUUUGCUUCAAGGUGAUAUUAAGGAACAGCUGGAGACACUGCAAAGGCUGUGGGCCCUGCCAACUUUAAUAAGACGGAAGACUUGUGUUCCAGAUUUUGAUGCAACCAAAAUCAAGCUAUUCCAGUACAGUUACAUUGGCAUGUUCUCUCUUUUAUUCCAUCCCAUCAUUCUACUCUUGAUCAGUAAAGUGAUGGAAAGUGUAAUCAAUAGUGCUAUCAAGCUGCAUGUGCUUACUAAUAACCUUUUCACUGACAUCUAAUUCUUCCAGAACCACUGAGCUCCUAACCUCUUUGUAGCCUUUGUUUACAUAUGGACAAAAGAGCUGAAUUCCAGAGGUGAGAUGAGAGUGCCCUUGACAUCAAGGCUGCAUUUCAAAAAGUUUGACACCAAGAAGCAAAAUUGGAGUCAAUAGGAAUCAGUGAAACUAUCCAUUGUUUGAAAUCAUGCCUGACACAUAUGAAAAUAACUCUGAUAGUUAGACAUCAGUCAUCUCGGCUCCAAGACAUCUCUGCAGGACUUCAUCAGAAUAGUAUCCUGGACCUAACCAUCUUCAGCUGUUCAUCAAUGACUUUCCCUCCAUCAUUAGCCAACAUUCCCAUUUCUGACUUAAUGACUGCACAAUGCUCAACAACAUUCACGGUUCUUCAGAUACAGAAGCUGUCUACGUUCAAAUGCAGCAAUAUCUGGAUAAUAUUCAAGUUGGGGCUGACAAGUGACAAGUAGCAUUUGUGCCACCCAAAUGCUAGGCAAUGAUCACUUCUGACAAAAGAGAUUUUAAUCACUGCCCCUUGACAUUCAAUGGCAUUACUAUCACAGCCUUACUUUCAACAUCCUGCGAGUUAUCUUUGACCAGAAACUAAUCUGGAUUAGCCAUGUAAGUACUAUGGCUACAAAAGUAGUAUAGAGGCUAAGAAUUUUUAACUUCAGCCUCACCAAUAGGCUGAACAACCUUGGUCCAUUUGGAAUUCAGUAGUCUUAGAAAUCAAAUCAGAGAUCUAAAAACCAUUUAAAGAGCUUGAUGACCUCAUUUGAUGUAUUAUUCAAGUUCAGCAGUUUGAUGGGGAUAACAAAACAACUUUAAGUAAAAGUAGACAACAAUGAGUGGUUGUUCUUUAUAAGAUACUGAACUUCUGGUUUGAUAUGGCCAUAACUAAUUCUGUACUAUUGUUUAUCCCUAAUUCCCUUAUUGUCCCAGAAAUCUAUUCUUCAUUUGAAUUCACUCAGUGACUGAGUAUCCAGGGUUUCUGGUGUAGACAAUAUGACAAAUCUUUGGAAUUCUAAGUGAAGACAUGUUUAAAUCCUAAAUGGCUGACAACCAAUGCUGAGCCUUUGUAUACAUAGUUCUAAGUUUGACGUCUAGAUUAAAGAGUCUCCAAAUAUCAACCCUGCGAAGCCCUUGAAGAAUUUUGUAUGUUUCAAUUUGGUUACUUUUCAACUCCUAAACUGUCAGGAAUAAAGGCCUAGUCAACUUAACCUCUCCAUGCAGGACAAUCCUUUCAUCCCUGUAAAAAGUUUAAUUUGCCUUUGUUGCAUACCCAGAGGCAAUAAGAUCCCUCCUUGGAAGGGCUGUUAUGGCACAGUUGUAGUAUCUCUAUCUCUGAAAAAGGAGGCCUGAGUUCAAGUCUCAAUUGCUCCAGAGGUAUGCAAUAACAUUUCUGUGACAGGUUGAUUAGAAAAUACCUAUCCCCCUUGAAUUAGGAAAGGCACAACUGCACACAGCACUCCAGAUGUGAUUUCAUUAAGCUCUGUGUAAACUUUUAGUAAGAUGAAACCUUUUGUAAUAAAUACUGAUACAC